GUGCGUCGUGGGGGAUGACUGCGUGGAGCAAAUAGAAGAGUCCGAAGUGCAGGCGCUGAACACACAGCUCCUACAACAGAAGCUGCAGCUAGCGCGGCAGAGUGACUUAGAGGCGCCCGCUGUGCCCCCUGGCGAACGGUUCAGUUUGCCACUGGCGCGAGCCUAUGCAGCGCUCAGCCAAGCGGCCUUUUGUGGUGUCGAUGAAGCUCUGAGAAACUGGACCUGCGAAGCAUGUCAUGCUGUGGGCUUCAGCUUGGCACCUGGCAGCACGCGGCUGGUACGGCAAGCGGCUUGGCAUUCCCCUGGGGAUGAGAUCGGCAAUGUCAGCUAG